GACUUCUGUCUGACUCUUGGGCCAGCACAAUGCUUCUGCUGUUCAAAGGAAACCGGUCCAAAUUACCUAAGCGAGAGCUUUUUCAUGGUGAAAGGUGCUGCCCUUUUCCUACAACAAGGAAACAGCUCCCAGGGCCAGCGAAGCCUCCAGCAUCCUCACAAGCAUGCAGGUGAUUUGCCCCAGCACCUCCAAGUGAUGAUCAACCUCCUUCGCUGUGAGGACAGGAUCAAACUGGCGGUGCGUUUGGAAAGCGUGUGGACAGACCGCGUCCGGUACAUGGUGGUUGUGUACAGCAGUGGAAGACAGGACACAGAGGAGAAUAUUCUGCUGGGUGUGGACUUCUCCAGCAAGGAAAGUAAAAGCUGCACCAUAGGAAUGGUUCUUCGUCUGUGGAGCGAUACCAAAAUCCAUCUCGAUGGCGACGGUGGCUUCAGUGUGAGCACUGCAGGGAGGAUGCACAUCUUCAAGCCAGUGUCAGUGCAAGCCAUGUGGUCUGCUUUACAGAUCCUCCAUAAAGCCUGUGAAGUGGCAAGAAGGUACAACUACUUCCCAGGGGGGAUGGCUUUGGUCUGGGCCACGUACUACGAAAGCUGCAUCAGCUCUGACCAGAGCUGCAUCAACGAGUGGAAUGCCAUGCAGGAUUUGGAGUCCACCCGCCCCGACUCCCCAGCUCUGUUUGUGGACAAGCCAACGGAGAGGGAGCGAACAGAACGGCUCAUUAAAGCCAAGCUCCGGAGCAUCAUGAUGAGCAAAGACCUGGAGAAUGUGACUUCUAAGGAGAUACGAAAUGAGCUGGAGAAGAACAUGAAUUGCAACUUGAAGGAAUUCAAGGAGUUUAUAGACAAUGAGAUGCUGCUUAUCCUGGGCCAGAUGGACAAACCAUCUCUGAUUUUUGAUCAUUUAUAUCUGGGCUCUGAGUGGAACGCCUCCAACCUGGAGGAGCUGCAGGGUUCUGGCAUUGACUACAUUCUGAACGUGACCAGGGAGAUUGAUAAUUUCUUCCCAGGGCUCUUUGCCUACCACAACAUCCGGGUGUACGACGAGGAGACCACGGACCUGCUGGCUCACUGGAAUGAGGCCUACCACUUCAUAAACAAGGCCAAGAAGAACCACUCCAAGUGCCUGGUGCACUGCAAGAUGGGCGUGAGCCGCUCGGCCUCCACGGUCAUCGCCUACGCCAUGAAGGAGUUUGGCUGGCCCCUGGAGAAGGCCUACAGCUACGUCAAGCAGAGGCGCAGCAUCGCCAGGCCCAACGCCGGCUUCAUGAGGCAGCUGCUGGAGUACGAGGGCAUUUUGGAUGCCAGCAAGCAGCGCCACAAUAAGCUGUGGAAGCAGCAGGCAGAGAGCAACCUGCCCCAAAACACCGACGGCACCACGGGCUCGGGCAACUUCUUACUGGAGAGCUUGGACAUCGACCUGGAGAACCGCCUGGCCGACCUGGAGGCGCCCUCGCAGUCAGCCUACCUGGACAACCGCGCCGGCGUCUCACCGGGCUUCAGCUACUGCUUCCGCCGCCUCUCCGACCCCCUGCUGGACAACAAGGUCCCCGGGGACAGGGAGGGUUUCUUCCACUUGGAGGAGCUAGAGGUGAAGAAGAAACGGGACUUCAACCCCCGGAAGGGAAGGCUGGUGCUGGAUCCCAGGGAGGACAGUGUCAGGGAGGAAAAUCUGAUGGAGAGGUGGAAGCGACGUCUGUCCCUGCACAAGGAGGAGAGCAGGCUUAAUAGGGAGAACCUGAACAACAACAACAGCAAAAGGAGCUGCCCGGAAGAUUUUGAGCACGACGCCGUGUUUGGGAUCCUCAGUAAGGUCAAGCCUUCCUACCAGUCCUGUGCUGACUGCAUGUACUCCUCAGCCCGACUGUCCCCCGACUCCUUCGGGGAGCAGUGUGAGAAGCUGAACCCCGGCGCCGCCCGCCGCACCGCCGCCAUCUGCACGCAGCCAGCCCUCCUCUCCCACCUCAGCUCCAGCCUGGCAGAUCCCCUGCCCAGCAAGGCACGCCCCGAGGAAGCCAGCAGGACUAAACCCAGCGGGGCUCCUCUUCCUCUGCCAGCAGGGACUGGAGCUUUGGAGACGGGCGCUUGCGAGUCGCUCGACCGACGCUGCGGCGGUUUGGAGGAGGGAAAAGAUGCGCCAGAAAGCCCCAUCAAAACUCUGCUGCCCAGGAGAUACUUGCACUGUGACAAGAGCCUCCUUGGUGCAGAGGUGGUGACAGAAGAAUCUCUAGCCAGAAGAGGCAGCAAACCUGCCAAGGGCCUGAAGUACUUGUUCAGCAAAGACCUGGAGAAGCCAAGCGCCAGCAGCUACUUGAUGCAGCGCCAGGAGUCUCUCAUGCAGCUGCAGAAGGCCGGCUUGGUUCGGAAGCACACCAAAGAGCUGGAGAGGCUGAAGAGCCUGCCCUCGGGCACCUCCUCGCUGCUCAGGGUGAACCCCCUCAGCAGCGUCGACUCCAGCAUCGUGGAGGAGAGCGAGGAUUUGAUUUCACCCCACGACCUCGUCCCUCUCCUGGGCCCCGCGCCUUUGCUCCCCGAAGGCGCCGAGAAGCUGGAGGUGAAACGCUUUUUGGAGGAGAUCUCU